AUGGUGCAAGAAGAGGAAGAUAUUAGGGACUAUAAUUUGAAUGAUAAACAGAAGGUGACCAAGGCCAAGUAUCCUCCCGUCAAACAGAAGUAUAAAUAUUUGGGUCAUACAGUGGAAGUUCAGUUACACCCAUGGGGAGAUACUAUGAAGGAAGUUUUUGAGCAACGGGCAAUGGCCAUGUUUGGUUACAUGACAGGUGCUGAGACAGUGAACCCUUUCCAAGCAAUAGAAGUAGAAAACCAGGGAGAUGAUUUACAGUCUCUUCUGUUUCACUUUUGGAAUGAGUGGCUUUAUAAGUUUAGUGCUGAUGAAUUCUUCAUCCCCUGGAAGUAA